AUGGAUCCCCUUUUUGAGUCCACAGCAUCCUCCUCCGACAGUGGGUCAGGUAGCCGAGGGGUGGGGAGAGGUGUGUCGUGGAGGGAUCGUGAGACGAGGGACUUGAUUGAAAUCUGGGGUGAGCUUGAGCUACACAGUAGAAUAAAGAAAUGCCAGCGCAACAUCCAUCUUUUUGAAAUGGCCGUGACGGAGAUGCGUGAGAGGGGCCACAAAAGGUCACCACUUGAGUGCAGAAAUAAAUUUAAGGCACUCAAAAGGGAUUAUAAGAGGGUUGUUCAACACAAUUCCAUUUCUGGGAAUAGCCGCAAAACCUGCCCUUACUAUGAGGAGCUGGACAUGCUCCUGGAGACAAAUGCCACCAUUAGACCAAUGGGUAUUGUUAGCAGUCACCAUUACCAUACGUCCGUGGACACUGCGGAGCACCCAUCCCUUCUUCAGACAAUCAGAGAAGAAGACAUUCGUGAGGAUAGCCAACUUUCUGGAAUGUCAGGUUCACAUGGUUGCCCUACACAGCUGGUACAAUCUCCAGAGCGGGGAGCUUUGCUCAAAAAGAGGAGUCUACGUCGUGUGGCCGAGCUGUCUGACAUUGGAGCUCAGGGCAGCAUACAUCUUUCUCCCUCCUUUUUAUCCUCCCAACAACCUUGUGAGACCCCCUCUGAACUCUGAGGCUACGAGACCGUGUAAAGUCCUUCACUUCCAACAUGGACUGCAAAAGAUCUUUAGUAUGUUGCCCGACAGCAGCUUCACGCAUCUGAGCAAAGACUUCUGAAAGUGCCACCCUGAUUGACAACUGCCUGCCCAGGAGCAUUCUCUGUUGUCGCCCCCACCUUGUGAAAUGGCCUGCUUGAAAAGGUCAGGAAGGCUCCUGUGCUGCUGUCACUCUGCAAACUAUAUAAGACAGAAUUGUUCAGGAGGGCAUUUCUCUAAAGAUAUCACAUCUACGGUAUACUAUAAUAGAAUAAUACAGGAAGGUGCAUUUACAAAGGGAACAGGACUCUGGACUAUCCCGCUGAGUAUAGUGUGUAUUAUUUGUUUGCUGCAUUUAUUAUCCUAUUCUCUCCGCAUUGUUCUCUACUUAUGUAAUACCAAAUCCUGCAUUGUGCAACAUAUCAUGUCUAAUAAGUUUUGCGUGUUUCAGAUUUCCAUAAUCCUAAUCAUACUAUAUUUACAUUCUGAUUGUUUUGAUUUACAUUGUGUAAUCCAGAUUGAGUCUCAGUGAGAAAGGUGGACUGAAUAUACAAUAAAUUUCAAAAAAGUUAUCAAAGUAUGC